AAGGGAGCUGGGCUGUGCAGUCAGAACUCAGAUCAGCUCCUCUACCGAAGCUAAACUCUAGCUUUCACCAAGACAGAAAGGAAGAAGGACAACCUGUGACUGGAGCAGCGGAGAAACGCUAAGAGAAAACCAGACAAGAGAUCGACUUGAUCAGAAAAGGUUUCUCAAGCUCAGACCCUGAGACUAAAGGAAGACUUUCUCUACCAGACUUAAGGAAACUAGACUUUAUUUCUACAAGGAAGAAACGAUGUCUGCUGGGAUGAAGCAAAUUAUUUUGUUGCCUUUCCUGUGCAUCAUGCUUUCAUACACGGCUGCCGGUCAGGAGUGCAGCAGCCAGUGCUCGUGCCCCUCCACUCCCCCUCAGUGCCCCCCAGGUGUGAGCCUGGUGCUGGAUGGCUGCGGCUGCUGCAGGGUGUGCGCCAAACAGAUGGGGGAGCUGUGCACAGAGAAAGACGUCUGUGACCCACACAAAGGCCUCAACUGUGACUUUGGAGCCCCCAUCAACAGACGCAUAGGCGUGUGUACAGCUCGAGAUGGAGCCACCUGUGUGUUCGGAGGAAUGGUGUACAAGAGUGGAGAGAGCUUCCAGAGCAGCUGCAAGUACCAGUGUACCUGCUUGGAUGGAGCCGUUGGCUGUGUUCCUCUUUGCUCCAUGGACAUCCGCCUGCCCAGCCCUGACUGCCCCAUGCCAAGGCGGGUGAAGGUGCCGGGCAAGUGCUGCGAGGAGUGGGAGUGUGAUUCCCCCUACAGACACAGCUUCAUGGGCUCUGCUUUGGCCGCCUACAGAGAGGAGGAGACCUAUGGCCCAGACCCCUCCAUGAUGAGGGAGAACUGCCUGGUUCAGACAACCGAAUGGAGCGCUUGCUCAAAGACUUGUGGCCUCGGGAUUUCCACCAGGGUCACCAAUGAUAACCGUGAAUGCCGCCUGGAGAAACAGACCCGGUUGUGUAUGGUGCGACCAUGCGAGUCACAGCUGGAGCAGAGCAUUAGGAAAGGAAAGAAGUGUAUCCGCACUCCAAGACUCUCCAAGCCCAUGAAGUUUGAGAUCUCUGGCUGCACCACCACAAAGUCCUACAGGCCAAAGUUCUGCGGUGUCUGCUUGGACGGCCGCUGCUGCACCCCGCACAGAACCACCACCCUGCCCAUGGAGUUCAAAUGCCCCGACGGCCAGGUGAUGAAGAAGCACAUGAUGUUCAUCAAGUCCUGCGCCUGCCACCACAACUGCCCAGGGGAGAAUGACAUCUUCGAGUCCAUGUACUACAAGAAGAUGAUGGGAGACAUGGCAUAAAAAGCCACUGACGGACGAUCGCAGCUUAUGACUUGAAAAACAAACAGAACUCCAUCUCAUUUUGCAGCUCAGUAUCUAUGUGUAAUAUUUUAUUUUGCCAUGUUCUCAUUGUAAAAGUAGUCGAGACACUUGUGUAAGUGUCUGUGUGUUUUGUAUGGCUGGCAUCAGCCGCAUAGACUCAGACAGAGGGUUGCAUAGCAGCUCCAAGAGAUUCCUGCACUAUAACUUGUAUUUUUGACAAACCUACUGUCAGGUUUCCGCCCAUUCCCUUUGAGUCCCCUUUUACAGACCCGUCCUUUCACUGUAUUCAUUAUCCUUAUCUAAACCAUGACCCCCUUUCUAAAUGAGGUGUUUAAUAACUCCCCCUCCCUCCCUCCCCCCCUCCAAGCCCAGACCAGACCUGCAAACUCUAAGCAGCUGUAGACGGAGCACGCAGACCAAAGCAGGCCAGUGUUCCCCUAUCCAAACAGGUCUGAAUGUGUCCUUGUGUGUGUGUUUUUGUAUGUGUGUGUGUGUGUGUGUGUGUGUGUUAGCGCAGGCCUGAAUGUCAGCCUUGUCUCUGCUCACAGAGUGGAGGAAAGGUCAGAGUUUCCGCCCAGCAUGUGGAUGAGAAAGCAAGCAGCGUGCUGAGUUUAGGGUUAGAUUUGAACACAGUGGGCGUUACCACGGCACUGAGAAAAAAAAGAAGACAUGUUGACGUUUACUGACUCAGGUCAGGAGGAAGAAAGCAAGUGUCAAUAAGAACAAAAUGUCUAUUUUGUACAAAAAUAGAAGAAAAGACUGGAAGAAUUAUUUCAUUCCUUUUUUAUUGUUGAUGUGUAAAUUAUGUAUAUAUUUGUACAGUUUAAGUUAAUUUAAAGCCAAAUUUGUUCUGUGCUUCAAAAUGUAUCAAUAGUGUAUUUUUUUUUGUCGACAGUAUUUUUUACUAUUUUAUUGAGAAGUGUGACAAAAAUGUUACAUGUUUCACCUUGUAGUUGGAAAUAAAUUGUUAUAUUUUUUUAUACAAA